CAUGUAGUCAGGCCUUGGGGGAUGUUAAUAUUUCACCAGAAAGUUGUUGGCCUGACCUUCGACUCUGAGAUGUUUUGGCUUUGAGUUGAGCCAAGUAGCGAGGGAACACAGAGACAAACUCCCAACAGAGAACAACCUGAGUCUUAGUCAUGAUGGAGACAGAGCAGACAGCUGGGAGUUGUCCUGACCCAAGCCAAACUGCUGUCAGGACCUGGGUCUCCUCCAGUACAAGAGGACCACCCAGUGAGGCCAUCUCCCGUUUCCAUGGAGACGGGGUUCGGUACAAAGCCAAACUGAUCGGCACUGACCCCGUACUGGACGCCCAGGGAGAAAAGAUGUGCUGGGACUCCAUGAUGAAACUGAAGGGCUUCGAGGCAGCAGGGAGGAAACAAGGGAAACACAAGCAGAGAGUUUGGUUGAAAGUUUCCUCUGGAGGCCUAAAAAUAGUUGAUGAAAGGACCGGGGCUGUACUCUAUGACCAUGACAGAACCAGGAUCAGCUCUUUGACCAAAGAUGAGUCUGACCCCAGAGCUCUGGCCUACGUCUACCAACACCAAGACUCCUACAACCUCUUUUACAUCAAGAUGGCCAACCUGGCUGAUCCAGUCCUGACUGACAUCAAGGAGGUCUGUCAGGGUAUACACAGACUGAUACCACAGGAACCUGCAGAGCCACAAGCACAAAACAACGCUCUGCUGCUUCUAAGUGACAGUUCCACCCCACCAGCUCAGGUUCCAUCUUUGGAGGAUGUAUUCAGUCCACGCCCAGAAACCUCAUCAGCACAAUCAAACCAGAAGUCUCCCAGUAAUGAGCUGCUGGAAGUCUUCUCCGUCAAGAUGCAGGAUCCUCUGGUUCCUCCCCAAACCUCUUGUGUCGGUCAGCCAGGUGAAUAACAUUACAGACAUUUUUUUUUUCUACCUGUUCUGGCCAACAAUUAUCAUGUGGGCAGUGUUUUUUUUUCUUUCCACGUGAUUUUAGUUGUCUUUACUUUUCCUUUUUUCAUGCAACUGCGCUAAAAUGCUGUCAGUUUAAAACACAUAGUCUGUAUAUUCUGUAUUAUAACUUAAAUUGUCAAACAAGUCCUGUCUAACUACUAUAAAGGGAGAAAAGGGGAUUAUUUCUAGCUUUAUUUAAAACUUCCAGAAACAUCUACUUUAGCGUAUUUUGGUUGCAAGACGACUGGUCUGAGAGUUUUGUACUCAAUAUGCUGUACGUGCUUUGCUUUUUGUGUGCAAAGAAUGAUUCAUGCAAAGAUAUAUCUGAAAUGUUUUUGAGUAUUGCAUCAUGCUAUGAAAAAAAAACCCAUCAUAAAACCAUCAGGCUGCUUUGUCAUAAAUCUAUGGAACCAUGUGACAAAUUUCAACACCUCAACAGUGACACAUCCCUCUGUGGUUCAGAAACUGUGUUUGAAUCUGAGUAAGAUGAAUAACGUCAUAGGACUUUGCACACAAAACAUCUUUUUUUUUUCACAGGGAUGACAAUAUGCGAGUCUGCAGCAGAUUAAAAUGAAGCAUCUUAUCAGACUUUAAUUAACACCA